GAACCGCCAAGCAUGACAGGGUUACGUAAGACAUUCACCCUGGAGGAGACUGCACGACAUUCCAAGAAUCUGAGCUGCAACCAAUGGCAUUUUCGCCUCAAGAAUACUUUUGUAUUCGGUAUUAUGUAUCGGCAGUUCAUCGAGCGCUGCCACGCGACAUGAGGUUUUGCGGGGUGCAGCAACAGUCCUGGGGUGUGCGUCAUGAAACCCGUCUGAGACCUGCUGUACCGCAGCGCACACGACUCUGUUUUUUCCCAGCCUGGAGAACAGAACCAUUGGCGGAGGGUCCGACCACCAGUUCGUGCUGUACAGUCGGUCUGUUGAUGCCGCUCACCGUGUUUGUGUAGGUGGGUUGACGGACGGUGCGCGGUUCAUGCAAAACAGCCAGACGCUGUUGUCGAUAUAGUGGGUCGUCUACCUGCGAACAGACGCUCAUCAUCUCGAACCAUGGUUCCUUUCUUUUGAGAGUGGUGCACGGCGGGGACGGCUUCUGGAAUGCGUGGCAUUCUUCCACUCGU